CCGGCCCCGGCCACCGAAAUCGGCCACACACCUGGGCACCCGGGCACCCCCGGGAACCCCCGGGCACCCGGGCACCCGGCCCCGGCCACCGAAAUCGGCCGCUCACCUCACAUCAGCUUUAUAUCCGCUAAGACCCCUACAGAGGCAAGCUCUGAUUGGGGAAUAUUCUGCACCCACUGUCGCGCCGCAGGCCCCAGAAGUGGGUCUAGCAGCGAACUUCCCAUGUUGCCGGUGCGGCCUCGCAUGGGCGACGGAAAAGGCUUAUCUUGCGCACUGCCGCAAGUCCACAAUGAAACAGCGCCAAUUAAACAUUAUAUUGACGAUAGCGGUGUCUGCCCUGAAUGUCUCACAGAUUUCAAAGAACGAUUCCACGUUGUCCGCCACCUCACGGACAAGAGGCGGCCGAAGUGCCGCCAUGCUGUCUUCCAGAAGUGCCCAAGACUGCCAACAGCAGAUGUGCAGAUGUGGGAGGCGCGGGACUGUGAGCGUAAGCGGUGUGCCCGGCAGCAGGGCUCCACACAAAUAAUUGCGACGGGCUCUGCCAUUACAGCCGAAGGCAAGCGAGUGGGCCAUGUCCAAAAGUGACGCGCCCCUGUGCCAUUAAGCAUACACAUCACAGCUUGAGACACCUCCGGGUACCCUGACCGCAGAAAUUAUCCCGGCAAAGCAACC